AUGAGCCUGGCCAACGUCCCCCUCACCACCGCCGGCGUCCAACCAGUCCCCACCGCAACCCUUGCGCAAGACACGGACCCCACAGCCCAGCUUCCAAAAGCUGAACCCGUCAAGCUCUACCACGAGGUGGAACCCAGCCGGGAGCAACUGAUCUACCUCUUCACUGCGUGGGGAGUCAUGGACCGCAACAUCCCGUACCACAAACCCCAACUGCGCAACCUGAAACCGAAGGAGCCGCAGAAGUCCGGGGCAAUGGAGAAGCAGGUCAAGGGGAAGGCCGCAGUUGCAAAGCCCCCGCCGGCAGAAGAAGAAAUGGGGAAGGGGCUGGACUACCUGGCGCUUGGGCCACCGGCGGACGCAUACGAGCCCCUAGACCAGAAUAUGGAGGCUGCGGACGUGCCGGCAGAAGGGCCACCACCGCCGGCGGAAGGAGAAGCGGGGCAAGAUGAAGAAAUAGGCGACGCGGAUCAGCCGGCAGGGGGGGGAGCGUCGGGAGGAGAUCCAAGAGAAGACCCCCCUGAUCCAGAAAAGACUGGGUCCCCGCCAGAAGACGAGGUGACGCCCAUGGAGGAAGAAGAAAAAGAAGAUGAAAAAGAAGGAGAGAAGACAGAGGAAUGGGUAGCCCUGGAGCCUGAGCGAGCAGACGCGGAGGAGCAAGGGGAGCCGGAGCCAGGGCCGGCAGAGCGGAGCUGUGACGGUUGGACAGGGUCACACGCUGCCUGUCUACUUCACAUGUGCGGAAACCAUGCGAAGCUUCUCAGCACGCCUUGGGAUCACCUCGU